AUGAAGUCACACAAUGCAGAAUUCAGCCCAGCGGAAAAAAGUCUUCAAACUUUAAAUAGUGCCGUUUUCGAAAGACUAGAGAAACUUUUCAGAGUUGCAUACAUAGCAUUGCUAAAAAUUCAAGGCCCAUUUCUGGAUUAUGAGUGGAUGUGUUGUUUGGAAGGGAAGCUGGGUGUGGAUCUAGGACCUACAUACAGCAACCGUACGUCAUGCAAGGAGUUCAUGGUUUCAAUAGCUGAAGUUGAGCGCCAGAAAAUUGAAGAUGAGUUGGCUCAGACGAAUUACUGUACCAUCAUGUCUGAUGGAUCAACAGAUGUCUCGGGUGUUGAGAACGAGGGGGUUUAUGUCCACUUUGCCAGACAAGGAGCAUAUCACUGUUAUUUCCUAGGGAUGGUGGAGACUGAAUGUGCCAGUGCUAGUGGAAUUUACUCAGCAAUAAUGGAAUCUUUGCAUUUCAACAAACACUUAACUGAGGAGAUACAGGAAAAUAUUGUCGGCUUUGCUGGAGAUGGAGCAUCAGUAAAUACUGGUAAACUGAAUGGUGUCAUUGCAUUAUUUCAAGGCAGGAUCAAUCCGUCUAUUUUGAUGAUUCAGUGCAUGGCACACCGUGUUGAACUGGGCUUGAAAGAUGCUAUGAAAAAUGUUCCCCUGUUUUCUAAGGUUGUUGAACUUCUGGAUGAUAUCUUCAAAUUCUACAAAAGUGCUAAACAGAAGUCGGAACUAAAAUCAGUCUUUGAGACUUUGAAACUGCAGUUCUCCAUGCCUACUCGAGUUGGGGGUACGAGGUGGGUGGGCCAUAUGCUACUAGCGGUCAAGAACAUGCUGAAAGGAUACAGAGCCCUGGUUUUUCAUUUGAGCAAGGUUUCUCAGAUACGUUCCCAGUCAGCACCUCAGUCUAAGGCGAUCAACUUCAUCAAAAAGUUGAAGUCAAAGAGUAUUAUCUUCUUUGCCCACUUCCUUGUAGAUGUGAUCAGUGUUUUGGCUCGCCUUUCCAAGCAACUCCAGGAACGAAAAGGAUGUGUCUUCCAGGUCCAUAGACAGCUUGAAACUACACUUAUCAACCUGAACAAGCUGGGGGAAAGAGAUGGAUUUGAACUGAGAAAAGUUGCUUCCUCAGACACGUUUGAAGGUGAAGGUUUGACAGGAAAUACAUCUGAACAUGAUGCACAGUCAGCCAGAGUAAUUAAAGGUCUAGUCAGCUGCCUUCAGAGAAGAUUUGAUGAUCUUGACAAGGGUAUUUUCAGUGCAACCAAGUUGGCUGACCUUAACUCUUGGCCUACCAGCUCUGAAGAUGCUAAGGAUUUUGGUGAUGAUUGCCUCAUGAAAUUGUUGGAUCACUUCCAUGACACCUUAGAGAGGAAAGGGGUGGACCUAGCUGCGGCUGAAGAAGAAUGGACAGCCCUGAAACAGGCUUUGUAUAAAAGAUUUGGACGAAUCUGA